GCUUUAGAUGUUCCGCGGUACGGUCCCACGCAGGGCGGUGUUUCACAACGCCCCGUCGGUGUAUCCAUUUGUGAAGCCCUUCCACGACACACCCUAUGAUCAGGACCGCACACGGUUUGACAAAACCAAAAAUAUUCUGCACGACAACAAAUGGCCUGCCUGGAUGGACAACGGUGCGGACGGGACGGGAUACGGUAUCGGUCUGCACCGUGCUCAUCCUCUCUCGAAGCUACGUGGCAACCUGAGUCGCGGCCAACGAGAGGUGCCGCGAGUCUUAAACAUGAUGAUCCAGGGCGUGUGGCACAAAAGUGGUAACAAGCUCUACUUUCGAGGAGGCAAACCGCCGAACCCCAGCACGCAUCCCUACCUCACCGGUGAACCGUGUCCUAUCUAUGGGUGGAAGGUCACGGAUCCUAGCGUUAUUAGAGAGUUUAACCUCCCUCAACCCGAAAAAGACAAGGGACGUUAUAAGCCGUAUGUGGCACUGCAGGAACGGAAAAUAAUGGGUGUUCAAGCCCCCAUGAAGGAACAGAGCGCUGUUAGCCCCGCAGUGGGCAAGGACGACUCGAAGCCUUUGAUGAAGCGCUUGUUCUUUUGGAAGUAG